UGCUGGCGAAACAGCAGCGAACUGAAUCUUCGAUCUUCUUCUUCGGUACCUGACGACCCAGCACCAACCGAGAUGAUGAGGUUCCGGCUCAGCGUUGUGCUCCUGCUCCUCCAACUUGGCUGUCUGACCUUGGCGUUGGCCAGCAGCAGGCUCUCCUGCGGCGACACCUCGGGCAGUGCCAUCUGCAAGGACACCCAUCGCCGCCUGGAUAACUACGAUGAGCACAUGGUCUACAGACAGGCCGCGGACGAGGCGCAGAGAGGAGUGCCCGUCGAGUCGGUGGCCCGCGAUGAUCGUGGACACGAGAGGCGCGAGGAAACGAGGGUCAGGGUGGACUCUUCGGUACGCUUUGAACCCCGUGAAGCUCGGGAGGAGCGAGUGGAGCGACGUGAAGCUCGUGAGGAACGAGUAGAUCGCAGGGAACGAGUAGAUCGCCGAGAUACUCACGAGGAACAAGUAGAUCGCCGAGAUGCUCGUGAGGAACGAGUAGAUCGCCGAAAUGCUCGUGAGGAACAAGUAGAUCGCCGAGACGCUCACGAUGAACAAGUAGAUCGCCGAAAUGCUCGUGAGGAUCGAGUAGAUCGCCGAGAUGCUCGUGAGGAACAAGUAGAUCGCCGAGAUGCUCGCGAUGAACGAGUAGAUCGCCGAGAUGCUCGCGAGGAACGAGUAGAUCGCCGAGAUGCUCGCGAUGAACGAGUAGAUCGCCGAGAUGCUCGCGGGGAACAAUUAGAUCGCCGAGAUGAUCGUGAGGAACGAGUAGAUCGCCGAGAUGCUCGCGAGGAACGAGUAGAUCGCCGAAAUUCUCGUGAGGAACGAGUAGAUCGCCGAGAUGCUCCUGAGGAACGAGUAGAGCGACUUGAUACCCGUGAGGAACGAAAAGAACGUCGAGAUACUCUUGAAAAUGCAGUUCAGCGACGUGAAGCUCGUGAGGAACGAAUGGAGCGACUUGAUACCCGAGAGUAUAAGGUAGAGCGACGAGAUGCUCGUGAGAGCCGUUUAGGGCGUCAAGAUGCUCGUGAGAAUCAGGUAGAGCGACGUGAUAAUCGUAAUGAACGAGCAGAGCGACUUGAUACCCGUGAGAAUCGAGUAGACCGACAUGAUGCUCGAGUAGAGCGACGUGAAGAACGAGUAGACCACCGAGAGUCUCGUGAGUCACGCAAUCAACAACGUGAAGACCGUUUGGAACUGGUUGAACAACGUGAGGAGCGGGAAUUGAGCAGGCGACAGGAUGAAUCUCGGCGAGAAGCAGCCAACGAGAGGCGCGAAGAACUCCGUGUAGAGCGCGAGAUGUCCAGGCAUGAAGAACGCGAGAGUCGUAGUGACGACAGAUCUAACGUUGAGAGAGAGCUCUCCAGACGCAUGGAACGAGAAUCUGAGCUGCGCAAUGAGCGAGAGAAUCGGCGACAAACAGACGGCGAAAUUCGUGAGCGAGUGGAAGAACGCCGAGACCAACCAGACCACUCCAGACGCGAACAGCGGGUAAAUCGAGUGCGAUUCGAAGUGCAACGAGUGAAUGAAGUCAGGGAUAAGCGAGACAAUUCUCGGCGAAGCGAUGACCUCCGUCGCAAUGAACGAGACUCUGCUAGGCGUGAGGAGCGAGAGGAAACUCUCAGGGAACAGCAACGAGAAGACCUUCGCCGAGAAGACCGUGAAUUCUCCCGUCGAAUGGAACGCAAUGAGCGACAGAAUAUUCGUGAUGUAGAACGAAGGGUUGAACUUGAAGGAGAUAGGCGAUCGGAAAGGCGCAGCGAAGAGCGGAGAGAAGAUAGGGAAGUUCUUCCAAAGGACGAGCGCAUCUCAGCCCGACGAGAAGAUCGUGAAGCCCGCGAUGGAAGAAUGGAACAACGAGCAGAGCGGGAUAAUCUGAGGAGAGAAGACCGCGAGACCUCCCGACGAGUGGAUCGACGAGAAGAGCGAGAGCAGCGUGAGGGACGAGAGCAGCGAAAGGAAGAAGCCACUCGUCGAGCGGAGCGCGCUAAUCUGCGAAGAGAAGAGCGAGAAGUUGAAAGAACAGAUGAACGAGAAGAGGGACGCCGAGUGGUAGUAACUCAGCAAAGGGAGGAUCUUCGCAGGGAAGGAAACGAAAAUCAAAGAGAAACUCUCCGCCGAGAAGAACGUGUUAACCUGCGAAGAGAAGAGCGAGGAAUGGCGAGGCGUGAGGGACUUGAAAAUUUCCAACGAAUCGAUCGCGAGCUUUCCCGACGGGAGAUUCGUGAGCCCUUGGAGGAGCGUGUUCUUCUGACCACCCAGGUCAAGACCAAGGGCUGGUUGAGCUACGGCAAACGAGAACUGCUGAUGACCGGACAGGUCCUCCUGCUGGCCGCUCUCUACAAGAAGUCCACGGCCAGUGGCAAGGGACUGGGACAUGCUUUAAGCGAGCAGAUUCAGGGCUACCUGCAGGCCAUGGGCUGCUAGGCAGUGCAAAGGAAAAGGCUCUCCCCACCCGAAAUUGGAACGGCAAAUGGAUAUGGAUCAAGGCGAAACGGCGUUACUACCCCCUGGAAAAUGCAAAAGGACCCGAAAGCGAGCGACGAGCAGAAGGAUGGGAUGGGAUGCUCUGUCGGAGCAUUGUACAAUUUAAUCCAACUGUUACUGUAACCAAGAAAAGAAAAAAGAAAACCCCACUGUUAUAGCCAGCAAGGGCAUAACGAAAAUAUAUGUUGCGAUGCUCGAGUAGCCGAGCAUCUGCAAGCUGCAUUGCA